AUGACAAUUCCAGCGGCAGACGACAAUAACUGUCCUUCCUACGACAAGGUGAUCGAUUUGAUCGUCGAUUACGCCUACGACUAUGAGAUCGACUCUCCAGCGGCCUGGACACGGGCCAAAGCAGCACUUCUGGACGCUCUGGGAGCUGCCAUUGAAAGUAUUCACACUAGCCCGGAAUGUGCCGCCAUGAUUGGCCCCGUCUGGCCCAAUACAGCGACGGUGCCAGGGGGCUUCCGCGUGCCCGGUACUCACUUUCAGGUGGAUGCUCUCAAGGGCGCCUUUGACCUUGGGGGAAUGAUCCGCUACCUGGACCACAACGAUGCCUUUCCCGGUGCCGAAUGGGGGCAUCCAUCAGAUAACCUUGGUGCGAUCCUCAGCACCGCCGAUAUCCUCAGUCGGGAGGCCCUUGCUCGGGGCAACCCCGAUAAAGUCAUCUCCAUGAAACAGGUCCUCACUGCUCUGAUCAAGGCGUAUGAGAUCCAGGGCGUGUUCCAGAUCCGCAACGCCUUCAACAAGGUUGGCCUCGACCAUGUCAUUUUGGUCAAGGUUGCCUCGUCUGCCAUGGUGUCCUGGCUCAUGGGUCUAUCCCGCGAUCAAGCCCGCGCCGUAGUCUCGCAUGCCUGGGCCGAUGGCCACCCACUACGGGUCUAUCGACAAGCGCCAAACGCGGGACCCCGAAAAGGAUGGGCCGCCGGGGAUGCCUGCAUGCGUGCUGUGCAUCUGGCCAACCUGGUUCGAUGUGGCCAGCCUGGUAUCCGCUCUGCGAUCACCACCCCGCGUUGGGGAUUUUAUGACGUUUUGUAUCGUGGUCAGACCUUUGAGCUACCGCGUCCAUUCACGAGCUGGGUUAUGGAGACGGUCCUCUUCAAAGUCUCCACGGCUGAAGGGCACGGUUUGACCGCCGUGGAAGCAGCAUUGACUAUCGCGCAAAAGAUGGCGCAGCGUGGGCUUCGGCCGGAAAACGACAUUGUUAGCAUUCGAGCUCGGACCCAAGAGGCCGGGAUGAUCAUCAUCAAUAAGAAGGGGCCACUGCACAACGCCGCAGAUCGCGACCACUGCUUGCGGUAUAUGGUCGCCGUGGUCCUGCUCAAGGGCAGUCAAAUCACGACCGCCGACUACCAGGACAGCAGUCCCUGGGCUCGUGAUCCUCGCGUAGAAUCACUACGCUCACUCACGACCAUGGAAGAAGAUCCGACAUUCACCCACGAUUACCAUGAUCCUCAGUGCCGCAGCGUGGCCAACGCAUUAGAGGUGACAUUGCGAGAUGGCACCAAGUUGGAAGAACUGGUUCCGUUCCCCUUGGGCCAUGUGCGUCGACCCGAGACUUUACAGCUGGUCCGGGAGAAGGCCCAGGAGAACCUGGGCUUAAAACUUUCCUCAGAGAGGGUGGAGCAAAUACUCGACACGGUAAAUUCGCCGAAGUUGGAGAAGAUGGCCGCUAGUGAUUUUGUACCCUGUCAAUUCUGCGGCGUGCACUUCAACAUCUGCCGCAUCCGGUCGAAAUGGGAGCCGAGGUCAGCGGCUUUCGGCCCUGGUGGUCAUGGGGGGUGGGUCCAGGGACGGAACUUCACAAAGGAUGAAGAAGACGAGGAAGAGCAGGCGCAAUAUAUGUACGAUGACGACGAGUGCUCGUCCGAGCGGGGAUGCAGUAUGGCUCUGCGACCUCCUGGGUUUUAUAGUCCGAGACCGCUGUUAUAUGAUGAUGAUCCCGCAGACGGUAUUCCUGUGGACGACCCCAACUAUGAAUACCAGAGUGAUUCCGGAGGUGAGCCUCUGGAAUACGACUCAGAGACAAGCGAUGGUGAGGAUGAACAUAUGGAGACAGUCGAGGACGAAUGUCCAAAUCAACCAGCGUGGACGUUCAAGGUACGGGGACCUGAUCACCCGGAAUACGAUGCCGAGUUCUACCCCCUUUCAACACAAUUAGACGAGAGCAUUUGGAUUAUCAAUGCGGAUGGCUCCAGAACAAUGAACAGGGCGGCCUACGACAAGUCCAGAUGCUAUGAGCAUAUUGCUGGCCCAGACUGCCGAAAGAGCCGAGCAUACUUGGGGAGGAAUAUCUCCGCCGAAGAAAUGAGAGGAUGCCAUACCGUUCAGUGUAUCCUUGCAAAAAGACCCGAUUGGAAACCUCAGACAGAUGAUCUCAGCUUCGAACAGCAAAGUCGCUAUCAUCUCACAGGCGUCGCGAACAUCAUGCCUUCAUCUGGGGAUGGGUUGAUAUUUGCGCCGGUCCGACACGGCGUUGAUAAUAUUCGGGCAGAAACUGAAUUUAUGUUCGUAACGUCUCAGGAGGAACUCAACGAGAUCGGGCUACCGUUUCAUCCAGCAUGCUUUGAGUUGUUUAUCCAGGCGAGCAAGCAGUGCCUAGGGGAGGUUGACAUGGACACAUUGGUCCGGAUUCGUGACAGAGGAUGCAUGACAAGCCAGCCCUUUCCAAUCGAAGACCAUGAACAUGUCAAAGAGGGGCAAGAACAGGUCUGGAACCAUACCGUCGGCCAUGAGUACUUAGUCGCCAAUCCCAUAUUUGUCCCCGCGCUGAAUCCGAUCAUCAAGUCUGCCAUUUCCACAAAGAAAGGGUUCAGCGUACACAACAGCCCCUUCGACGCCAGGAAUCAAACAAAUACCGUCUUAAGCGCCCCGGAUCCUUUCCUGGCUGUCCCCAUUGAAAUCAUUUUAAUCAUCAUUGACCACCUUGGCUCCCCAGAUAUUGCCGCUCUUCGACUCACAUCGCGCGCUUUCACACACUUGCCAAAUUCGCUAUGGUGUCGGCUGGUCAUUCGGGAAAUGCCGUGGCUGUAUGAAGCGUGGUCUUCGGAUCCGACGCCGUACUACUGGGCUACUGUAAUCGCCCACGACGCACACCAGGAAAAGGAGGCCCGGGAAGACUGGGACCGUGACAUGGAAAAACAAAGGCUUGUCAUCACGGAAGAGAUGCCCGAAGUUCAGGCUGAAUGGCUGCGAGAUCAGCCGCGGUGGGAAUGGCCGGAUCACCCGGACAGACUGGAAGUUCUCGGUCUGAGUCCGGUCAAAUUGGAUUAUAAUAGUACAAAUUGGUAUCAGAUGUACCGUGACAUUACUAUCAAUUGGAAGCAGCUCAAGGGGCUACAGAAUCGCGCUCGGAUUUGGGAUGCCAUGAUGCAGAUUGUUGGUGCGAUCAAGGACGCGCGCGAGGAGUGUUUGGAUGAGGGCAGCAACAGUGGAAUGGAGACCCUUGAAUACGAGAUGACUCAUUCAGUGGGCCAACGGACCACACGGCGUUUACUAUCAAUCUCGGUAAACCUAUAUAUAGCCCGCCGAUACCCACCGACAGAAGUUCCCACAGCAUACCCAUCCAUAUACCCAAACCCCAAAAUCAAAACCAUGCCAAUCCUUCCACUCCUCCCCAAACAGUCCCAAACGCCCGCGAUCCACACGGCUCGGCUGCUGCUCCGACCGUUUCGGGCCGCGGAUCUUCCCGCUCUUCACGUUCUCCGAACCACUCCCGAUGUCAUGUGCUGGACCCGACAGGGCCGCAUCGAUGCCACGACAGAGGAAACGAGUAAAUGGAUGGACCGGUUCACCCAUGAUACCGAAGCAGGAGAACGGUCGAACUACAAUUUCGCCGUCUUACGGAAAACGAUCCCAGGUGAAGCCCCGGCGACGGCGUCCGAGGAAGGCGACGUCAUUGGCAUUAUGGGCAUCGUAUCUAUUACCGCCGAGGAAGAUCCCGAGGUGGGGUAUCUAUUCCUGCCCGAGACGUGGGGGAGCGGGUAUGCGACGGAAGCUCUGAGGGGGUUUGCGGAGGCGUGGUGGAGGUUGCCGAUUCCUGGGGAUGGUUUCUCUGGAACUGCAGGGGAAGUGGGGACUUUGCGCGCUGUGACGGAUAAGACCAACGUGGGGAGUGCGAAGGUGUUGACUAAAUGCGGGUGGACGAUUGUAGGGGGAGGUGUUGAUGGGGAGGGUGAGAAGAAGGUGGAAUUGUUGCAUUGGAUGCUGCGGCGCCCUGGAGUUUAG